GCAUUUAAAAUACAAUGCAUGUUAACAAACCAUCACAAAGAUGAGUGAGACAAUGGUGGCAGAUACCAGCCGAUAUCCAUACGAAAGCCCCGGAGAGGAGUCCCCAGUGGGACACGCACAGCAGGUUUAUGCUAAUCACUUUCGGAGGAGGGGAACUGCGGAGCCAUUUUGGAGUCACUUUAAAGUUAACGUGGAGAUGAUGGGACGCGGCGUGAAGGUGCCUGUUUAACGAGGCUCACGGACGGGGAGAGCAGCACGAUGCGCCGGCACAGGUGGAGUUAAGGCACCUUCUCGGUGUUUUCCUGCACUUGCGUGGAUUUGUGGACUUUUUAAGCCAUGGAGCUGCCGGUGACCUGGGUCUGGGUCUGGACUGCGCUUCUGCUCCACGUCCCCAUGCUGGCAUGUUUCGAUCUACACGUUUCGCACUCUCUGCGCCCGGGCGCCGUUUUGGCAAACUUGUCCGUCGGUCAUGGCUGGAUUUAUAAAAUCGACAGGACUUUAACCCCCAAAUAUCUCCGGAGCGUGUUGGAGAUUGAGAAGCAAGGAGGAGCUCUGAGCCUGUCCCGCAGAGUUGACUGUGCGCUCCUGGAGAGGAACCCGGCGCCGCUCCAUGUCAGGAUCUCCUCCCUGACAUCUCAGGCUCUCCUCCGGGCGCGCUUCAGUGUCUUUGCACAUGGCCAGGGCUGCUUCAUCACAUACAGGCGAAAGAGUCCCCUAGGUAAGCCUGAUAUCUACAUUAAUCACCUUUCAAGACUGAACGCAACAUCCUGCUUCUCCGCAGGUAAAUUGCCGUUGAAUGUAAAGAAAUAUGUACCCGCAUUUGCUCGCGAUUUCCAGUUUUCUGAUCUGACGUGCACAGACACUAAUCCUCAGCUGCAUUUAAAUUUGCCAUCAUUGAAUACUAAGGAAAGUUUACCACAGUUAAAUGGGAAGAUCUGUGUGCGGUCCGGGGACAAAAGCGAGGUGAAUUUACACUGCUGGAUGCACACCGCGAAGAACAAGCGGCUCUCCAUGCGGGUGAGGCUGCGCUUCGUUGUCACUAAUGGUUCAUGGUCAGGACGGCUUACGGACCGCGAUCCAAACCUGUGGAUCAGACGGAACAAGAGAAACGUGAACUUCGCUCCUCAGUUUCAGCUGCCCAACUAUCAGGUGUCAGUCCCGGAGAAUGAGCCGGCCGGUACCCGUGUUAUUACACUCAAGGCGCAUGACCCGGACGACGGAGAGGCCGGCAGAGUAGAGUACGGGAUGGAGGCGCUUUUUGACAGAAGAUCCAGCGACUUCUUUCAAAUCAAUCCGCAGACCGGCAGUAUAACCACCGUGCAGCGCUUAGAUCGCGAGGUCAAAGACACGCACGUAUUUAAAGUUACUGCGACUGACAAUGGCACUCCACAGCGAUCAGCUAUCGCCUACCUUACUGUCACUGUAAGUGACACCAAUGACCAUGGGCCUGUUUUUGAGCAGACAGAAUACAGGGUCCGGAUCCGGGAAAAUGUUGAGGUGGGUUUUGAGGUGCUCACCAUCAGGGCUACUGAUGGAGAUGCACCAUCCAACGCUAAUAUGAUCUAUAAGAUAGUGAAUGGAGACGGUGUAAACUCAGCUUUUGAAAUUGAUCCCAAACAUGGAUUAGUUAAGAUCAGGGAUCGUCCGGAUCGAGAAAUUAUGUCCCGGUACCAACUGAUAGUGGAAGCCAAUGACCAGGGCAAAGACCCCGGACCUCGCAGUGCGACAGCUACUGUGCACAUCACAGUGGAGGACGAGAAUGACAACUACCCACAGUUCAGUAAGAAAAGGUAUGUGGUUCAGGUGCCGGAGAACGUGGUCGUCAACACUAAAGUCGCACAGGUAGAAGCUACUGACCAAGAUGAGGGCAACAACGCCAAGGUGACCUACAGCAUCAUCAGCGGCAACGUGAAGGGCCAGUUUUACAUCCACUCCCCCACGGGCGUCAUCGAUGUCAUCAACCCGCUGGAUUAUGAGAUGAUCAGGGAGUACAACUUGAGGAUAAAGGCGCAGGAUGGAGGUCGCCCGCCUCUGAUUAACAGCACGGGGCUGGUGGUGAUCCAGGUGGUGGAUAUUAAUGAUAAUGCCCCCAUGUUUGUGAGCACGCCUUUCCAAGCCACCGUGCUGGAAAAUGUGGCCGUCGGACACUCGGUGAUUCACAUCCAGGCCAUCGAUGCAGAUUCUGGAGACAACGCCCGCUUGGAGUACCGGCUGCUGGACACCACCCCGGGCUUUCCCUUCACCAUCAACAACAGCACCGGCUGGAUUACAGUCAGUGAGGAGCUCGACAGGGAAACCACAGAGUUUUACACCUUCGGUGUGGAGGCCCGUGAUCUGGGGUUUCCCACAAUGUCAUCAUCUGCCAGUGUCAGCAUCACCGUGCUGGACGUCAACGACAACAUUCCCACCUUCAGCCAGAAGCUGUACUCACUGAAGAUUAACGAGGACGCCCUGGUGGGCACCAGCGUCCUGACGGUCACUGCUGUUGACCGGGAUGUCAACAGCGUGGUGACCUAUCAGAUCUCCAGUGGGAAUACUCGCAACCGGUUCGCCAUCACCAGCCAGAGUGGCGGCGGCCUCAUCACACUGGCACUGCCGCUGGACUACAAGCAGGAGCGGCAGUACAUCCUGACGGUCACCGCUUCAGACGGCAUGCGCCAUGACACGGCCCAGGUGUUCAUCAACGUCACUGAUGCCAACACCCACCGGCCCGUGUUCCAGAACACCAACUACCAGGUCACGUUGAGUGAGGACAAGCCCAUUGGGUCCACGGUGGUGGUGAUCAGUGCCACCGACGAGGACACGGGCGAGAACGCUCGCAUCACCUACAUCAUGGAGGACAAUGUUCCCCAGUUUAAAAUUGACCCUGAUUCGGGUGCCAUCACUACCCAGAUGGAGAUUGACUAUGAGGACCAAGCCUCCUACACACUGGCCAUCAUCGCCCGUGAUAACGGCAUCCCUCAGAAAUCAGACACGACGUACGUGGAGAUCAUUGUCCUGGAUGCUAAUGACAAUGCACCGCGCUUUCUUCGUGACAUGUACCAGGGCUCUGUGUUUGAGGAUGCACCAACCUACACCAGCGUCCUGCAGAUCUCCGCUUCUGACCGGGAUUCCGCGUCCAAUGGGAGACUGAGCUACACAUUCCAGGGUGGUGAUGACGGCGAUGGUGACUUCUUUAUUGAGGCCUACUCUGGGAUUAUUAGGACGGCCAGGAAGCUGGACAGAGAGAAUGUGCCCUUGUACAACCUGAAGGCCUAUGCUGUGGAUUGGGGCAUCCCUCCUUUGAAGGCCGCUGUUAAUAUUCAGAUUUCGGUUCUGGACAUUAACGACAAUGCGCCAGUGUUUGCUGAAGAUGUGUUGAACGUCUGGGUGAAGGAGAACAGUGCAGUGGGUUCUAUUGUGGCCCGGAUCACCGCCACGGAUCCGGACGAGGGCUCCAACGCGCAGAUCAUGUACCAGAUCGUAGAGGGAAAUUUCCCAGAAGUCUUUCAGUUGGAUAUUUUCACCGGUGACUUGAUCGCGCUGGCAGAUUUAGAUUACGAGACCACCACGGAGUAUGUGAUUGUGGUUCAGGCAACAUCAGCGCCGCUGGUCAGCCGGGCUACCGUGCACAUCCAGCUUGUGGAUGUCAACGACAAUUACCCCAUCCUGCAAGACUUCGAAAUCAUUUUCAACAACUACGUCACUAACAAGUCAAGCAGCUUCCCAUCAGGGGUGAUUGGGAAGGUGCCGGCCCAUGACCCAGAUGUAUCGGACAAACUCCAUUACAGUUUCCUGGAGGGGAAUGAGCUGGGUCUUCUGGUUCUGAACCAGGACAAUGGCGACCUGAAGCUCAGCCGGGACCUGGACAAUAACCGGCCUCUGGAAGCGACCAUGAAGGUGUCCGUUACAGACGGGCUGCACCGCGUGACGGCACUGUGCUCACUGCGCGUCACCAUCAUCACGGACGACAUGCUGACCAGCAGCAUCACGGUGCGGCUGGAGAACAUGUCGCAGGAGCGCUUCCUCUCGCCGCUGCUGGCGCUCUUCACGGAGGGCGUGGCCGCCGUCUUGUCCGCCCGCCGCCACCACGUCUUCGUCUUCAACAUCCAGAACGACACGGACGUGCGCGGCAGCGUGCUCAACGUCACCUUCUCGGCGCUGCGGCCCGGCUCCGGCCCGGCCCGCUACAUCCCGUCGGAGGAGCUGCAGGAGCAGGUGUACCUGAACCGUACGCUGCUGCGUCUGGUGUCCGGCCAGCACGUGCUGCCCUUCGACGACAACAUCUGCCUGCGCGAGCCCUGCGAGAACUACAUGAAGUGCGUGUCGGUGCUGCGCUUCGACAGCUCGGCGCCCUUCAUCGCCUCCAACACCGUGCUCUUCCGGCCCAUCCACCCCGUCACUGGGCUCCGCUGCCGCUGCCCGGCCGGCUUCACCGGCACCUACUGCGAGACCGAGAUCGACCUGUGCUACUCCGGGCCCUGCCGCAACAACGGGCGCUGCCGCAGCCGUGAAAGCGGCUACACCUGCGAGUGCCUCGAGGACUUCACAGGUGAGCACUGCGAAGUGGACACCCGCUCUGGGCGCUGUGUGCCGGGCGUCUGUAAGAAUGGGGGUAGGUGCGUGGACCUCCUGGUGGGGGGGUUCAUGUGCCAGUGCCCCCCGGGGGAGUACGAGAAGCCGUACUGUGAGAUGACCACCCGCAGCUUCCCAGGGCAGUCUUUUGUCACCUUCAGGGGCCUGAGGCAGAGGUUCCAUUUCACGCUCUCCUUCAUGUUUGCCACACAGGAGAGGAACGCCCUCCUGCUCUACAAUGGCAGGUUUAACGAGAAACACGACUUCAUUGCCCUGGAGAUCGUGGAGGAGCAGGUGCAGCUCACCUUCUCCGCAGGCGAGACCAAAACCACAGUGUCCCCACAUGUCCCCGGGGGGGUCAGCGAUGGCCAGUGGCAUUCGGUCCAGCUGCAUUACUACAACAAGCCCAACAUCGGAAGGCUGGGAAUUCCUCAUGGACCCUCCGGGGAGAAGGUGGCUGUGGUCGCCAUCGACGACUGCGACAUCGCCAUGGCGAUACGCUUCGGCGGUCAGAUCAGCAACUACUCGUGUGCGGCCCAGGGAACUCAGACUGGCCUCAAGAAGUCCCUGGAUCUGACGGGGCCGCUUCUCCUGGGCGGGGUACCCAACCUCCCUGAGGACUUCCCGGUGCGGAACCGGGACUUUGUGGGCUGCAUGAGGAACCUGACGGUGGACAGCCAACCCAUGGACAUGGCGAGCUUCAUCGCCAACAACGGCACCAUCGCAGGCUGUGCAGCGAAGCGUAACUUCUGCUCCACCAGCGUGUGCCAGAACGGCGGCACUUGCGCGAACGAGUGGAACACAUACUCCUGCGACUGUCCUCUACACUAUGGGGGCAAGAACUGCGAGCAAGCCAUGCUGUCCCCUCAGUUCUUCGACGGCAACGCGCUGGUGUCCUGGACCGAGCCUGACAUCACCAUCGCCAUCCCCUGGUACUUGGGCCUCAUGUUCCGCACGCGGCAGAGCGACGGGAUGCUGAUGCAGGCCGGUGCUGGCGAUACCUCCACCAUCAACCUGCUGAUCAGAAAUAAGCACCUGCAUUUCGAGGUCUUCCUCAGGGAUGGCCAGAUUGCCUCGCUGGAGUUCCCCCAGGUCCGCGUGAACGACGGCGAGUGGCACCAUGUCCUGGUGGAGCUCAAGAGCAUCAAGGAUGGAAAAGACAUCAAGUACAUGGCCAAGGUGUCUCUGGACUACAGCAUGUUCCAGCGCACAGUGGAGAUCGGCAAUGAACUUCCGGGUCAGAGGUUAAAGAGGCUGUUUGUGGGAGGCCUUCAGGGCCAGGGUGACUCGGUCCAGCAUGGCUUUCAGGGCUGCAUGCAGGGCGUGCGCAUGGGCGAGACGGCCACCAACACGGGCAACGUCAACAUGCUGCAGGGGCUGAAGGUGCGGGUGCAGGAGGGCUGCAGCAUGUCUGACCCAUGCGACGCCACUGUCUGCCCAGAGCACAGCCACUGCAGCGACGACUGGAAUACCCACACAUGCGUCUGCGACCCAGGCUAUUUUGGGAAGGAGUGCUUAGACGCUUGCUACCUCAACCCUUGUGAACAUGUGUCCAGCUGCGUGCACAAGCCAAGCUCCUCUCAUGGCUACACCUGUGAGUGUGGCCAGAACUACUACGGACAGUACUGCGAGAACAAAAUGAAUCAGCCAUGCCCCCACGGUUGGUGGGGGAGCACUGUUUGCGGGCCAUGUGACUGUGAUGUCACCAUGGGCUUCAAAUCGGACUGCAACAAGACAACGGGCGAGUGCUCCUGCAAGGACAACUACUACAGACCCAAGGAUGACGACACCUGUUACCCAUGUGACUGCUUCCCCUUGGGGGCCCACUCUCGCACCUGCGACCCCGUCACCGGCCAGUGCUCCUGCAAGGCAGGGGUCAUCGGCAGGCAGUGCAACCGCUGCGACAGCCCUUUCGCCGAGGUGACCGGCAACGGCUGUGAGGUUGUUUACGAGGGCUGCCCUAAGGCCUUUAAUGCAGGAAUAUGGUGGCCCAGGACCAAGUUUGGGCGUCCCGCAGCUGUGAAUUGCCCCAAGGGAUCCAUUGGGACAGCCAUUCGGCACUGUGGUGACGAGACGGGCUGGCUUCCCCCAGAACUGUUCAACUGCACCACCAUCACCUUCAGCCAGCUCAAAAAACUGAACGAAGAUCUGCAUCGUAAUGAGUCUCUGAUGGAUGGCAAGUGGUCCAAGAGCAUUGCCCACAUGCUGCAGAACGCCACCCUACACACGCGCAGCUUCCAUGGCAAUGACGUGAGGACGGCGUACCAGUUGAUCCUGCGUGUGCUGCAGUAUGAGAGUCAGCAGGAGGGCUUUGAUUUGGCUGCCACCCACGACGUGGAAUUCAACCAGAACAUCAUCAGCGCAGGCAGUGCCAUCCUAAACUCCAAAAACAAGGAGCACUGGGAUCAGAUUCAGCGCUCUGAGGGUGGUACUGCUCACCUGCUCCGGUACUUCGAGGAAUACACAAACACCGUGGCUCAGAACAUGAGGAGGACCUACCUGAAGCCCUUCACCAUCAUCACAGAGAACAUGAUUGUUGCCGUCGAGUACCUGGACACUUCCAAUCCAGACCAUUCCAAGAUCCCCCGCUUCCAUGAAAUCCAGGACACUUACCCCAAAGACCUGGAAUCUUCCGUCCUAUUCCCUGAGAUUAACUUUAAGGCAACAGAGAGCAAUGCGGAGUCCACAGAGACUCCUCCAUCUCAAACGGACGCCAUGGACCAGGAUGGGCCGGCAAAUACCAGGAGGAGGCGCCAUGCGGAGAGCGGCAGACUGCCUCCUGUCGGCAUGGUGAUCGUGUACCGCUCCCUGGGUCAGCUCCUCCCCGAGCAGUACGACCCGGACAGACGGAGCCUCAGGUUGCCAAACCGGCCUGUCAUCAACACCCCCAUCGUGAGCACCACGCUGUACAGUGAGGGGGGGGGGCUAUCCAGCCCCCUAGAGCAGCCCAUCACCCUGGACUACACCCUGCUGGAGACCGAGGAGCGCACCAAGCCACUCUGCGUCUUCUGGAACCACUCCAUCUCGGUUGGAGGGACAGGUGGCUGGUCCUCAAGGGGGUGUGAGCUGGUCUACAGGAACUCCAGCCACAUCCGCUGCCAGUGUAAUCACAUGACCAGCUUCGCCGUGCUCAUGGACAUCUCCAAGCGAGAGCAUGGGGACGUCCUUCCCCUCAAGAUCGUCACCUACACCACGGUGUCUGCCUCGCUAGUAGCCCUUCUCCUCACCUUCAUCCUGCUCGCCGCCGUCCGCAAGCUACGCUCAAACCUGCACAGUAUCCACAAGAACCUGGUGGUCGCCCUCUUCUUCUCUGAGCUUGUCUUCCUCAUCGGCAUCAACCAGACUGAAAACCCGUUCGUGUGCACUGUCAUCGCCAUCCUUCUGCACUACUUCUACAUGUGCACCUUCGCUUGGAUGUUUGUCGAGGGCCUGCACAUCUAUCGUGUGCUAACCGAAGUGCGCAACAUCGACCACGGUCAUAUGCGCUUCUACUACGCCAUUGGCUGGGGUAUCCCCGCCAUCAUCACUGGUUUGGCGGUGGGCCUUGACCCACAAGGCUACGGGAAUCCUGACUUCUGUUGGCUGUCUGUCCAUGAUACCCUCAUCUGGAGCUUUGCCGGACCCAUCUCCAUCGUGGUUCUGGUCAACAUUGUGGUGUUUGUGUUGGCUGCGAAGGCCUCUUGCGGACGGAGACAGAGGAUGUUUGAGAAAACGGGCAUCAUAUCUGCACUCCGCAGUGCCUUCCUGCUUCUGCUGCUUAUCAGUGCCACCUGGUUGCUGGGCCUGAUGGCGGUCAACAGCGAUGUCAUGACAUUCCACUACCUCUUUGCUAUCUUCAGCUGUCUGCAGGGCAUAUUCAUCUUCUUCUUCCACUGUGUUUUUAAUAAAGAUGUCCGAAAGAAUCUCAAGAAUGCCUUUAAGGGCAAGAAGGCCCUGCCGGAGGAGUCGGGCAUCACCCGCACCACCCUACUGACUCGCUCACUGAACUGCAACAACACGUACACAGAGGAGGGCGCCCUGUACCGCACGCCUAUCGGGGAGUCCACCGCAUCCCUCCAGCCCAGCGUCAGGUCAGCCAAGAGCCUGCAUGGCUACCUUGCUUAUGCGCUCAGCAGGGACGACUCGGGGCAAAAGGCCAGUGUCUCCUCUGGCACGGCCAAAGCAGCACACCCCGAUGGGGAUUCCUCCGUCUUCCACCGGAAGGGCAUCAAAGAGGAAGACUCAGACUCAGACAGCGAGCUGUCUGCAGACGAGCACAGCAGUUCCUAUGCCUCGUCUCACUCCUCUGACAGUGAAGAGGACCAGCCAGAUUCCAAAAACAAGUGGAACCCCAGCACACCCAAGAACAAUGAGCGGCAGCCACUUCACAGCACUCCCAAAGUGGAUCCUGUCGCCAAUCACGUCAAGCCGUACUGGCCGACAGAGGCGAUGACGGCCAGUGACAGCGAAGAGCUGGGAGGGGUGGAGAACCUGCGAGUGGAGACCAAGGUGAACGUGGAGCUGCACCUGGAGAACAAGCUCAACCACAUGAGAGAGCCCACGCAGGAGAAGGAGACACCCUGCACGGAGGCCAUAGCGCCCCCUAGCCAGCUGAACAGCAACCAUCACCCGGAGCAGAGGAGGGGGAUUUUGAAGAACAAGAUCAGCCACCCGCCUCCCCUGGCCGACAAGAACAUGAAGAACCGCCUGCGGGAGAAGCUCUCUGACUAUAAUCCCCCCACCAUCUCCAGCAGGCCGCCGGCGGACAUGCCUAAGGAGCACGGGAACAACCACAGCAUGAUCAUCAAGCCCCCCCAGAGGUCCGCCGUUAUCCUCAGGGAGCAGGCUAACGGCAUCGGCGUGAACCUGCAGGGCGGCACCGUCAACGGCGGAGAUGGCACUGACUCCGAUGGCAGCAAUGAGACUUCAAUCUGACUCAUGAGGAUGCCGAUGGAGGUCCUUCACCUGUGAGGGGAGGGUGGCUGGUCUGAGCCCCCCCCACCCCCACCACGACUUUGCGCAGGGACCGGUGUGCUACUCAGCUCCUGUGGAGAACAGUGUUACACAGCCAAAAAGGGAAAGACUGUGAGCGACUGGCCGUCAGACAGGCCCAUCCACUCCGUGCCAAACCUCUGCGUGGGGAGAAGAAGGCCUUACUGACUACAGCCAGCAGCCAGGAGCAUGUGCCUUGUUACACUAUACUGUCACUAGGGGGGGCUGCUUCCCACUGCUUUUCAUCACCACUUUCAAAAAGACGGCAUUGUGUUCUUUCUGCCGCCAGAGAAGAAUGCAGUCUCAACAGAAUGGCCUUUGCGUGUAAAAUUAAUUUGUAGAUACUUUUCGAAUGGUUUAUUUUGUACUUUAUUGGUUUUAUAGCACAGAUGGAGAGGAAAAUGCUAAUUUGUAAAUUGUAAUUAGUAUUUUUUUACUGAGUAUCAGCACGAGAGGAUCUGCUCUUGACUUAAACUUUACUGCUCUGUCAUGUUUAGAUUGUACAUUUGUGUCUGAUGUUACUGUGACGUGCAGCUGGGUGAAGAUCUGAAGGCUGCUUAUUCUGGGAAUGUGUGGAGAAUGUAAACUAUUAGAGAGUCAGGAGAUAUACUGAAUAUGGGUGUGGUCUACACUAGUGCCUAUUUUGUGAUGUAGGUCCACUUGCAUCAUUUAAACUGGGAAAUGCACUCAGUUCAGAUAAUGGAGGAGCUGAUCUUUAGACUACUGUGGGCAUGUGGAACAAUACGGUUAUUGAUGUCUGGCUCCAUCAGAACCAUGGAACCUCAGAUGUUCUGGAGAACCUCCGUUCUCUGUGAACUGGCCCUUUGUACAGGGUUCUGCUUCCCUCAAAGCAACACCAUCUCACAUGUGGUGGGUAAACAACAGCACAGUCGAAUCAGGCCAGCAUCCAGCUGGAGACACCAUGUUCCUGCUGCUAAGUCCAGGAAUAAUGAAAGUCUAGAAAGUGUCCCAGUAUCCAGGAAUGGGGUAACUGGAGAGUGCCACCAAGGCCCAGAAUUCACACACUGCUACGAUACGAAAAGGCUUGGAAAUAUGAGAAUCCGCCUCCUGGGUGCAUCGUUCGGACGUCAUCGCUUCAUGGAAAUGGACUUGUAAUCCAAACCACCUUCCACAUCAGGCGAGGCCUACAAUAGUGUCACAUAAACCCAUUUGUAUCACUCACUGUUGUCGUAGUAUUAUGAUAAAAAAUGUUGCCAUGGAGACGGCAUGCUGGAAGGGGGGGUGUCCCUGUUCUAUUGCCACAGAGCAAAGCUGAAGGACUCUAACUCAAAUGCACAAGCUCGGCUAUGAAUGUAGUGUAACUACUUUAACCGGUAGCUCUUGCUCUGUGGAGUGUCCACAUUGGCCGCUUGCAGGGUUGGUGCCACGCCCCUAACGCCCCCCUCAUCCAAUAAAUCUUUUUUUAUCCCCAGAAGUGACCUGAUCUCUCUGUUGUGUUUCUGAAAAGCUGGUGAUAUUUUCAUAGACACUGGAAUCCUUUUGUAACAUAAGUGUAUUUAUUUUUAUUGCUUAAGGACACUGGAAAAGAAAACAUGGUAAAAAUUAAAAUGAAGCAAAAUUUUUA